UGUUACUGAACCUGGUAUUAUUGUGGUGUUACUAACCCUGGUGUUACUGUGCUGUUACUGUGCUGUUACUGAACCCGGUGUUACUGAACCCGGUGUUACUGAACCUGGUGUUACUGAACCUGGUGUUACUGUGGUGUUACUGAGCCUGGUGUUACUUGUUAAUGAACCUGGUGUUACUAAACCUGGUGUUACUGAACCUGGUGUUAAUGAACCUGGUGUUACUGAACCUGGUGUUAAUGAACCUGGUGUUAAUGAACCUGGUGUUACCGAACCUGGUGUUAAUGAACCUGGUGUUACUGAACCUGGUGUUACUGAACCCAGUGUUAAUGAACCUGGUGUUACUGAACCUGGUGUUAAUGAACCUGGUGUUACUGAACCUGGUGUUACUAAACCUGGUGUUACUGAACCUGCAUACACAUGCAUGCUGGUAGUGUUCUCACGUGUCAGGUCAGGACAACAUAGUGUGGUGCAUGCUGGUAAGGGUGUAGGCAUGCUGUGUAUAUGCCUUCCUACUUCAUCUGUUCUCUCCUCCUCAGCCUUCCCCCAGUGGAUCAGCACGAUAAACGACAGCCAGUUAGACAGUGGAGAUCAGCUGCACUGGGAGUGCAAGGCCACAGGGAUCCCUAGACCCACCUACCGCUGGCUCCGCAAUGGAGAGUUGAUCACACCACAGAGCAGGGUGGAGAUGGUGAAUGGAGAGCUCAUCAUCCAGAAGGUCCAACAGGCUGACUCUGGGAUGUACCAGUGUGUCGCUGAGAACAAAUACGGAGCCAUCUACUGCCGUGCAGAACUCAAGAUCUUAG